AUGACAUGGCAGAUUUCAUUCGAUCAAAUCCAACGGACGAAGACCGAAGCUGCAAAUUUGCUUGCGCUCAUGAGCAUGUUUGAUAGACAGAGUAUUCCCGAGCGGCUGCUACAUGAUAACACAGACCGGUUACUGUUUCAGAAUAGUAUCGCGCCGCUGCUCCAGUUCUCGCUGAUCCGAGAGCAAUCUGAAGGCGGUGCGUUCGAGAUGCACCGACUGGUGCAGCUGUCGACCAAGAAGUGGGUAGAGUUGAACGGACAGCUAGAGAAAUGGCGGAGCGAGGCGAUCAGAGUUACAGCUGGAGAACUGGGCAUCCCGUCCGCUCUGCCAUACAUAACUUAA